UCCCAUUUAUCGCGUUUCCUCCCUCUCCAAGCACUCUCCCCUCCCCUUCCCCUUCCCCUUCACUUCCCCUCUCCUCAACUCCACCGCCUUCCGCCUCGCUGCGGAGCCCCCGCGGCCAUGCUGACCCCGCGCGUCCUCAAGCUCUCGCUGCUCCGCCGCCUCGGCGCCGCCUCCGCCGCCCGCGCGGCCGAGCGGCCUCCGCCGUGCCGUCCCAGAGUGUUUCCUGCGAGGAGUAAUCAUUCUCGAGGUUAUUCCAGUGAAGGAGGCUCCAAGUAUAAUAGGCCAAUGAGACAAUUUGCUGAAGAGAAUGAGGCGAAUCCUCAGCCGCUGAUAUAUUAUGUUGUUCCAUCUGCUCUACUAGUUUUUGCUGGACUAGUCACUUUUGUUCACUAUAAUGAUGAGAAGCGUGCAGUUACCCAAGAAGCACAGCAGACCAGUGUUCCCAAAAGGUGUACUACCAAUAGACCUGCAAUUGGAGGGCCAUUUAAGCUAUAUGAUACAGAAAACAAAGAGGUGACUGAAUCAAAGCUUCGAGGAAAUUGGACACUGAUGUACUUUGGCUAUACAUCAUGCCCAGAUAUUGGCCCAGCAGAAGUUCAGAAGAUGGCUGAUGUUGUCAAGUUGUUAGAGUCAAAAUAUGGCACCAAGAUUACACCACUCUUUAUCACAAUUGAUCCUCAACGUGAUUCACCUGCUCAGCUUAAGGCAUAUCUUAGUGAGUUUGACCCAAGAAUAAUAGGACUAACGGGAUCCAUCAAUGCAGUAAGACAGAUUGCACAGGAAUACCGUGUUUUCUUCAAAAAGGUUGAUGACAUUGGUCAGGACUAUCUUGUAGAAAGCUCUCAUAACAUGUACUUGCUAGAUCCAUGCUUGGAGACAGCACGAUGCUUUGGAGCAGAGUAUGAGGCAUCUGAUCUUGCUGAGGCGAUAACUUUGGAGAUCCAGAAAGCUUCUAAAUCAUCAACAAACUAGUGUAGCUGCCCAUUGUCUUGGGGGACCUAGUUCGGCACAAUCCAAUGUUUGCUGUGAAGCACUUUCUCCCUCUCCCCUGUAUAGCCUUGAUCACAAAAGGGUGACAUGGUGAACCUCUCAUUUAGCUCUGCCACCAACUGAUUCCAGCUCCUGUUCCCCGCUCCUUUGUGUGUAAGAAUUGAGCAAAACUGUACAGCGCCUCCUCCGAUGAAAAUUUUCCAGCUACGAUUCACUUGCAAUUUUACGAUCACAGAAUUCUGUGGCAAUGUCUAUUUGAUGUACCAAAACUACCUUGUAGAACAGGUCCUGUAGGUAGGGAUGAAACUGGUUCGGAUAGUUUCCGUCCGUCUGAACCAAUUUUCGGAUUCGGAAAAAUUCGGUCGGAACUAUCCGGAACUUUUCGGAUUCGGAAACGAAUUCGGAUUUUUUUUCUCGGAUACGAAAACGAAUACAGUAAGGGUGAUAUCCGAUGGAAA